CUGGCCAUGACUACAACAUCAUUGACUCCCCUCCCCACCGAAUACCGCCACCACAAGCAUAUCCCUCUCUCCCCAUUAUGUUGGAAGCAUUUGAGAUCCUAACGACCUCGGGCGUAGUCCUGUGGUCGAAAUCGUACGCACCCGUCGGAGCGCAUAUUGUUAACAGCCUUAUCAAUGAUGUCUUCAUCGAGGAAAAGGUGCAGUUUCAGGCAGCGAACAACGCGGCCCCAUCUUUGAAGAAGGAGAAGUACACCUUGAAGUGGAAAAGAGCCAAGGAAUUUGACUUGAUCUUUGUGGCCGUCUACCAAUCUCUCCUACAACUUGGUUGGAUCGAUAAACUUCUGGACAACAUCUCCACCCUCUACAUCGAUUUGUACAAAGAUCAACUCAAAAGCUCUCGUGCGAGGAUAACGCAAUACCCGUUUGACAAGUACUUUGAUCAGCAAGUUCGAGAGCUCGAGGACAAUUCUGGAUCUAUCUCGUCGGAGGCUUUCGUGGCUCAUGCGGUUGAUAAGAAAGAUCCGCUUGUUUCAUCUGACAAUGGCGGCCCACCUCCACCACCAGUGCCUGGUCUUCUCAAAGCGCAGCAUCAAGCUGCGCUAGCCGGGGCGACCUCUGAUGAGAGUACGCCACCGCACACACCAGAUACAUCUCGGUCAUCGACACCUGUUGCGGGCCACAUUAUAACUGCCAAGGGGGGACCAGGUGGCCGUGUCUCACGCCGUGCGCGCAAGGCCGCUAACGCUAGCGCCAAUGUUUCCUCCGGCGACGAGAAUAUUCGCAAAGGGAAAACGCCUAAGGGCGCGAAGAAGAUGCGCAAGUGGGACGCAGAUGGAUUUGCCGAUGAAGACGAUGGCCAGGUUCUCGACUACUCCGCUCCUGUUGAUGGUGAAGAGGCUGCAGUUCCGGCAGUAGAAGCCGUAUCGCAAGAUUCCUGGGGACACAGAACCGGUAAAGGCCAGUUCGUGCUGAAGGAUCUCGGAGACGAAGUGCAUUCUAUCCUGGAAAAUGCCGAGAACGACAAAGCGAAGGAUACUCCUUCUACUGGCUUGGUCGGUUCGGGAUUUAAUGCCAUUGGAGGUCUCCUACGUAACAUCGUGGGCGGCAAGACCCUUACGGAAGCUGACUUGGAGAAGCCUUUGAAGGCUAUGGAAGAUCAUUUGUUGAAGAAGAACGUUGCACGCGAGGCAGCGGUUCGGCUGUGCGAGGGUGUCCAGAGAGAGCUUGUAGGAAAGAAGACAGGAAAUUUCCAAAGUGUGGAUGCUGCUUUGCAUUCCGCUAUGGAGUCAUCUUUGCGGAAGAUCCUGACCCCUACAUCUUCUCUUGAUUUGCUUCGUGAGAUCGACGCCGUCACUGCUCCCACAAGCAAGCAGCAGACUCCUCGUCCUUACGUCAUUUCGAUUGUUGGUGUGAAUGGUGUUGGAAAGUCUACGAAUCUGGGCAAGAUAUGCUAUUUCUUGCUGCAGAACAAAUAUCGUGUUCUAAUUGCCGCAUGCGAUACUUUCCGGUCAGGAGCCGUGGAGCAGCUACGUGUCCAUGCACGGAACCUCAAGGAGCUCAGCACCCGUGAAAAUGCUGGUGAAGUUGAGCUGUAUGAGAAGGGCUACGGAAAGGAUGCAGCAAACGUGGCCAAGGAUGCUGUUGAAUACGGCGCUGCCAACAAAUUUGACGUUGUUCUGAUCGAUACUGCUGGCCGCCGCCACAACGACCAGCGGCUUAUGUCUUCGCUGGAGAAGUUCGCCAAAUUUGCUCAGCCAGACAAGAUCUUCAUGGUUGGUGAAGCCUUGGUUGGUACCGACAGUGUGAUGCAGGCACGCAACUUCAACCAGGCAUUCGGCACUGGACGAAACCUCGAUGGCUUUAUCAUCAGCAAAUGCGAUACAGUUGGCGACAUGGUGGGUACGCUGGUUAGCAUGGUGCAUGCGACGGGCAUUCCCAUCGUUUUCUUGGGAGUUGGCCAACAUUAUGGGGACCUGAGAGGACUUAGUGUUCCUUGGGCCGUCAACUUGCUGAUGAAGUGAUUGACGCGUAGAGAAGACUAAAUCAUCCCCGGCAUCAAACAACGACACCGAUGACUGAGAUAUUGGAAGGUAUAGGUUGUCUAGUAAUGAACAGGUUUAUGAGUAUAUUGCGACUGAGACUGUACAAAAUAAUAAUUAUAAUGGU